CGCGCCCUUUUCUUCCCACCCCUUCUUCAACCCCACCCAAUUCCCUCCCAAAUCUCACUCUUCUCCCAAUCCUCCCGCCAAUUCCCAACUCUCUCCCGAUGCCGACGCUCCGCAGCGCCACGCUGAGCCCGGCGCCGGCGGCCACCCCCUCCCCGACGGCCGCCACCACCCCGCGCAGCGCCAAGCGCCGGCAGACCCCUCGCCGCGCAGCCGAUUCGGCCGAUUCGGCGCAGUUCACCGCCCCGCACACGUCCCCGCUCGCCGGCGCCGGACCCAUGGGCGCCCCGAAGAUGCUCUCGGCGUCGCCCAAAUCCUCCCGGAAGCGUCUCUACGGCGACCUCGUCGCGGCGGAGAAGCCCAGGUGGAACCCGCGAGACCCGGCGCAGAUGCAGGCAGUCAAGGAGGCGUUGCACGUGGCCACGGUCCCCUCGUGCGGCGUAGUCUGCCGGGACGACGAGCAAAGGCGCGUGCUCGAGUUCUGCAAGGCCUGCAUCGAGCAGGAGAGGGCGGGGAGCCUCUACGUGUGCGGGUGCCCCGGCACCGGGAAGACGCUGUCGAUUAACAAGGUCAAGGAGAGAGUGUCGCGCUGGGCUGACGAGAUGGGACUGGAGACACCUGAUGAGUUGUCGAUCAAUUGCACCAACCUAGGAAGCACAUCUGACAUUUUUAGUAAGAUACUAGCGAAAUUCCAGGUUCGGAAGAAGGCAAGUGGAAAAUUGUCACCACUUCAGCAACUGCAGAGCAUGUUUUCCCACAAAGAGUCUGCUCCAAGAAGGAUGCUGUUGGUUGUUGUGGAUGAGAUGGACUAUCUGAUAACAAGAGACCGGGCUGUGCUACAUGACCUUUUCAUGCUUACCACUCACCAAUUCUCGAGAUGCAUACUAAUAGGAAUUGCAAAUGCCAUAGACUUAGCAGACCGGUUUCUUCCAAAGCUUGAAUCCUUAAAUUGCAAGCCACUUGUUAUAACCUUCCGUGCUUAUUCCAAGGAUCAAAUUUCCAACAUAAUUAAUCAUAGGUUAAAGGCUCUUGAUUAUGAUGUUUUUGAACCACUGGCCAUUGAAUUUUGUGCUAGGAAAGUAGCAGCAGCCUCUGGAGACAUGAGAAAAGCUCUUGGUGUCUGCAGGAGUGCUGUGGAGGUAUUUGAAUCAAGACUACAAGAUUCUUCCAAACAAGGAUUUGGAGUUGUGACAUUUGACCAUAUGGAUACUGCAUUGUCAAAGGUAUUCAAGCCAGUGGUAGUAAAUAGCAUACUGUGUCUUCCCCAACACCAACAGAUGGUACUGUGUGCAUUGGCAAAUACCUUUCAGCAUUGCAAGAAAAAGGCUACUACUCUAGGAGAGCUCAACAAAUCAUACAUAGAAAUUUGCAGAUCAAGCCAAGUCCCAGCAGUUGGGAUGCUUGAAUUUUCUAACAUGUGCAUGAUUUUGAGCGAUCAGGGAUACUUGAAGCUAGGGCAAUCCAAGGAAGAUAAACUCAGGAGAGUAACUCUUCAGAUUGACAUUUCAGAUAUCACAUUUGCGUUUAAGGAUAGCCGAUUCUUUCAGAAGUGCCUCGAGCAACCAAAGUUUUAGUUAGAACACCGUGCUUCCUCUAUAGGUGCAUAAGUUAUCUCUGUAUCCAAGAAUCCCCAAAAAGCUCAGGUGCUUUCAGUCCAUUGUACCAACACAUGGUAAUUUUUCAGUCAGUCCUCGCUGCUGUUACCAGGAUUGUUGAUUUAUGAAGAAACUCUUUUUCUUGCUGCCGAAAGUGUACAUGCACUGAGUUCUGUACUUCUCAUACAGUUUUCCAAAAGAUAGUUGGUUUUACUUGGAUUUUUCAUUUUUCUUUCUUUUAUAGCAAUUGAUCAAGUAGUCACCCAUUGUUGUACCCACAAUUUAUGUUAGUAAGAGCACUAAUAUAGAAUUGGAACAUUUUUCAUUUGA